CCCCGGGCGGGCGCGGCGCUGCCCCGGCUGAGGCUCACAUGAGCCAGCGGGGCCGGGCCGGGCCGGGAUGGGGCAGCGCGAUCGGAUGUUCAAGGUGCUCGUGGUGGGCGACGCCACGGUGGGCAAGACCUCGCUGGUGCAGCGCUACGCCAACGACAGCUUCAACCGGCACUACAAAUCCACCGUGGGCGUGGAUUUUGCCCUGAAGGUGGUUCAGUGGUCGGAGUCGGAGACGGUUCGGCUGCAGCUGUGGGACAUUGCAGGGCAGGAACGUUUCACCUCCAUGACCCGCCUGUACUACAGGGAGGCCUCAGGCUGUGUCAUCAUGUUUGAUGUCACCAACAGCAGCACCUUCAGCAACAGCCACAAGUGGAAGCAGGACCUGGACAGCAAACUGGUGCUGCCAGAUGGGAGCCCCGUGCCCUGCCUGCUGCUGGCCAACAAGUGUGACCUCUCCCCGUGGGCAGUGACCAGGGAGGAAAUCGACAGGUUCAGCAAAGAAAAUGGAUUUUCAGGGUGGGUGGAGACGUCUGUGAAGGAAAACAAAAACAUCAACGAGUCCAUGAGGGUUCUGAUUGAGAAGAUGAUGUGCUCACCCUCGGGCGAUGGCAGCUCCUGCUCUGCUGGCGCUGGGGAUUACAUCAACAUCCAGGAGAGCUCUGCUCCGGGCUGGGCCUGCUGCUGAGGCCGUGCCUUCAUCAUCAUCAUCAUCAUCAUCGUCAUCGUCAUCGUCAUGGUCACCUGUCCCUGCACUGCCCCUGGUUUGGGGCUUUUUCCUGGGAUUUUGAGCUUUUCCGUGGCUGUUUGCUGAGCACAGCCCUGGGCAGUGCCUUGGAGCGAGGGCGGGAGGAAGAGGAGGGUUGAGGGUUGAUGUUCUUCAUUUGGGAAUAAUCCUCAUUUUGGGAAUAUCCCUCAUUUUGGGAUUAUCCCUCAUUUGGGAAUAUUCCUGAUUUGGGAAUGUUCCUCAUUGGGAAUAUUCCUCAUUGGGAAUAUUGCCAAUUUGGGAAUAUUCCUCAUUUGGGAAUGUUCCUCAUUGGGAAUAUUGCUAAUUUGGGAAUG